AUGCUAAAGCCAAAGUUGAUCGAGACAGUCGUUUGCGUAAACGCGACCACGCGAACCGCUGAGAGACAACGACGCACACCAAAAGCGAUGGAAGAAUCUAUCAUACAGCCCAUGCUGUGUCAGACGAUUAGGCAAGCUCAGGAUGAAGAGAAGUGGAUUGUAGAUCUGAAGAAGUACCUGGACGGAGAAGUGGGUGCCUUGACAGCAGAAGAGGCGAAGGUAUGCUCGAAGAUAGCCGCGAAUUACGAAGUAGACGAGAAUGGACUACUUUUCUUUAGCCCCAAGACACUCCAACGAGGCGAAGGUCGCGACGGUGUCGUCAGGAUGGUGAUUCCCGAUAGCUUACAGCGAGACUUCCUUCACCAUUAUCAUGCCAGUCUAGAGGGAGGUCAUCAAGGCGUCGGAAUGACAUACCGGAGGAUCCAAGCGAAGUUUCACUGGCGUGGGCUGUAUCGAAGUGCACAACGCUACGUGGGGGAAUACACCGAUUGCGAAACCGGGAAGGGAAAGCCAACGGGUCAGGGAGAAUCACCAGUAUAUAUCCAGGGUCCAUAUCCCUUCCAGGUGAUCUCCAUGGACCACAUUCCGUCGUUGCUGAAGUCGUUCAAAGGAAACACCGAACUGCUGAUUUGGGCCGACUUGUUCACCGGUUACGUAAUAGCCAAGGCUGGCGUCUUCCGUCGUUUCGGCGCAAGCGAAGUCAUCAGACAUGACUGGGAGCCUGGCUUUAUGUCGGACUUCUUCCGUGCCUUCAACCGUAUAGUGAAAAUGAGACAGAGCGCGACAAUGGCUUACCGUCCACAAGCGAACGGCAAAGCCGAGCGAACGGUGCAAACCCCGACACGAGCCCUGAAGAUUGAGGGGAUCCACGGAUGGGACCCGCGGUCGACAUUUGAAGCAGUUGUUUCGGUGGGAUCGACACGCCGCCGCGAUUGCGAUGCACGGAGAUGGAGGUACCACAUACAGGGUCAAUACCGCAGAGCCAGGGAAGCGGUCAAUGAGAACCUACGUGAUGCGUUCAAGUCUAGAGCUGACCAGCACAACGAAAACGUUAGACCACACCGGAUCGAGGAAGGCACACAUGUAUGGCUUUACCUGGAUCGCGUAAAGGAAGGCUACGCUCGCAAGCUCGCACACAUGUGGCAUGGACCGUUUCGCGUAACCGAGCUGAUCGGCAAUCACGCAGCUCGUCUCGAGACCGCAGGCUCAGGGUAUCGAAUCUUCCCGAUAGUACACCUGUCGAAGUUGAAGCCAGUGCGAACAUUCCCAGAUCGGCCAAAGGUCGUGUUGAACACCGAAGACGACGAUGGGGUAGACUUCGAUGAAGAACUGCUGCCUGACGAUAACUGGGACACUCCGCUGGACAAAGACGAAUUCGAGGUGGAACGAAUCGCGGACGUACGGUCAGGGAGACGCACCCAAUAUGGGCGGGUGCACCGAGAAUUCCAGGUCUAUUGGAAAGGCUAUGACCAGCCGACAUGGACACCUGGCAACAACCGGCACAAGCGAAGAGAACAUCGAAAGGUAGAAGAGAAGCUCAAGUGA